AUGGCAGACACAGAGGUGUGGGUAGGAACCUGGCGGCCCCACAAGCCGAUCGGACCAAUAGCUGCAAUGUACAAAAGCCCUGGACCUAAAUAUGAACUCCCAAGAACUUUAGGGGCUGAACAUCACGAUCCGAGGAUGUUUAAAGCACCGGCCUAUAGCUUCGGCAGUCUUCAUUGCCCCCUCCCGUCCAGCUGUUCUCCGGGACCCGGCUACCACGUUCCCCCCCACCUCACGAGGUUCGGCUGGGAGAGAACCCCAGCCUAUUCACUGCACAGUCGCCCCAAAAGCCCGACUCGCUUCCAGACACCGGCGCCAGGUCAGUACUCGCUAGAAAGAGCCGGCAAGUCUCUUUUCCCCUCGGCGCCAGCUUACUCGCUGUCCCCGCGGACCAAAUCGCCACCCAAGAACCGGACGCCAGGACCUGCAGAAUACAAGCUGCCCCCUAUACUGGGGUCCCACACCGUGACUAAACCCUCUGCCCCCAGCUUCUCGCUCAAAGGGAGGAGCAAGAUCGGCAACUUCUACCAGGACCUGACGAAGACACCAGGACCAGGAGCGUAUCAGGCGCCGGACCCGAGCACUUUUAAACGCAAGGCACCUCGCUACAGCAUGACCGGGCGCAACUUUAAGCCAGGAGAUAAGACCCAGAAACCCGGACCUGCUGCCCACUACCCUGAGAAGGUCACCUUCACGAGACACACAGCACCGAGUUUCAGCUUUGGGGUCCGACACUCGGAGUUCAUCACCCCCCUCAUUGUCAAAGACAUCUGAUCCCAGUGCAUUCUGUGCUGCCCUGGACUUUCCUGAUACUGUUCUCUCGCCAUGAAGACUGGAAUUAAUAGCGCGCUCUAAAGAAGAACGAGUCACAAAGGCCACCGCACUCUUCCAAAGGCUUGGAACAACC